GACGGUAAUACACGACGUGUAAGAUUCUUGUAUGCACUAGACUAUCUCUAGGAAGUGGUGGAGAAAAUUGCUGCACAAAGGUUCGUGUUGCUGUUGUGCAAUCCGACCAUCCUCCAUCACCGUCCAGUAUCCAUAUGCACCAGCAUCGCUCCGCAUCUCCGUUGUUCCACCGGGCGGUGAAAUCCUUGUUUUCAGCCCACAUCAAUCCCCCUGACCUCCAUUGGGACCGAUCCAAGCAUCUAUCCUAUUCCCACACGCAACAACACCCGGUCCUCCCAUAGAUACCGGAUCCGAGUACCAGACAUCGCCUUGUUGGUCUGUUUACCUCCCUUGGUUCCAAAACAAUGACGGACAACGACUUGGACCCGACCGAUUUCCUGCUGAAGAUUCGAGAGCUGGGUGAGAAGCGGGACCAGGAAGACGCAGAGCGGUUCAGCAAGUUAGAGGAACAGAUUGCAAAGGAUCGAAGUGAACGAUUGGCUCGACGACAAGAGCGUGCACGAUCCCUCUCACCCGAAAAAUCAUCCGCAGCAACGACCCCUCAAUCCAUCAAAUCCAAAAUCGCAAGUCCCGAAUCCUCCAAGCCGAUCCUCGCACCUACCCCCGCGACCCAACCGCAAGAAACGCGUGAGAUGGCCGUCGACGAAGCCCUUGCCCGCCUCAAUGGCCCGGGCGAGAUGCCUCCCCCAGCACGGCCAUCCUCCUCCUAUUCCCAAACCUCAGGCGACGGACAUACAGAUAUCAAGCGGAUGAGCAGUGUCGCGCUCGCACGAUCCGGUACGCUCUCAUGGCAGCAACGGCCUUCUUCACGAGAUGGACGACGACCGCUCUCACUGCGCAUGGCAGCGACCGAGUCCACUGCGGGGCCGGCAAGUGGCUCUCCGCUAGGGACGCCUCCACCGUCCAGCCCCGAGAAGGAAAUCUCUCGAGAGGACAUUGCAAAGUCGCUGGGCUCGAAAGAUCCAACCUGGUUCAAGCAGACUUCGGAUCGUGGGAUUGGUAAUGCGGCGUUUCGCCGUGGACAGGAAAACGAAGAACACACCCGCACCAAAACGGCGACCAGCGGCUCAGAACGAUUCCGAUUACCUGGAAUGUCAUCCAGCAACACAUCUCCCACCGCCCCAAUCGACCCAGGAACCUCAUCUCCCCCCCCGAUCCCCCCCUCCCGCUCGCCCUCCCCCUCCCGCGCCGGUUCCAUCCGCCAAGAAUCCAUCCUCGACCGGCCAUCGCGUGCUUCCCCCCUCCCCACCCUCUCCGCCCAGAAAUUCACCCCCCCCUCCACCGCCGAGACGGUCAGCAACUUUCUCAACCGCCCACCCUCGCCCACCAAAGGCGCCGGCGGCUUCGUCCAGUCCGCCAUGCUGAAGCGCUCCGACUCCGUGAGCAAACGCUGGAGCGCCACCCCCGGGCUCGCGCGCACCGGAUCCACCGCCUCCGCCACCGGCCGCCCUGCGCUCGGCCACGCGCCGUCCUCAUCGCGGAGCGAGAUUCGGUUUCCUCCGGAGCCGGCGAGCAAUUCUCGGCCGAGUUCGAGCUACGGCGCCCCCGUAGCGACGGUUUCCACGACCGUGCCAGAGGCAGAGGAACAGAGGUCCCCGCCGCCGAGCCCGUCAAAGCGGUGGAGUCCGACGAAGGCGAGUUGGCUGGAUUCGGCGCUGGAGAGGAAGGAGUCGCCGAAGGUGAGGGAGGAGGAGGCGCAGCCGGCGUGGAUGGCGGAGAUUGCGAAGGCGAAGCAGCAGAAAGCUUCGGUGACGUCGACGCCAGUGCAGGCCUCGAAGCCAGUGCCGGCCUCGAAGCCGAUGCCGGCGUCCAAGCCAGUGCCGGCCUCGAAGCCAGUACCGACUUCCAACUCUGCGAUCAUACAACUACCCAAUGACGGCGCAAAGUCACCCGAAUCCCCUGUUCCCCAGCGCAACUCCCCUCCCUCCCGACCAACCUCAAUCACUUCCUCCACCCCGCCACCCACCCGACCCAAACCCUCCACCUCCCCCAAACCCCCCCCCUCGUCCAACAGUCCCGCCCCGACCGAUUUCCGCUCCCAGCUCAAAUCCCGCAACACCCGCGCCCCCUCUACCUCCACCUCCACUUCCCAACUCUCGGAAUUCCAAUCCGCCGCCUUCAAGCUCAAGCGCACCGAGACGAAGAACUACGUCGCCCCCGACACCUUCCGGAACAACAUCCUGCGCGGAAAAUCCGGGCUGGCCGUCACGGGGGGGCCGAAGCCGCGCGAGCGGAAGGACGAGCUGAAGGAGGACAUUCUGCGGAAGAAGGACGAGAUGCGGCAGAAAGUCGAGGAGCAGGGGAGUGUGCGGAAUGCGGAGAAGGAGAAGAGGGCGGAGAGGGAGGAGACGCCGGAGGCGUUGGCGGUGGGGCGAGGGUUGGGGAGAGGUGGGAGUGUUAGUGGAGGGACGUGGAAGAGGGAUAGCAAGGAGAAGACCGGCGGGGAGAAGGAGAAUAGGGAGGAGGCGAAGCCGUCGAUCAGGAGUAAGAACUCGUGGGAGAAGCCAGUAACAACGGUAGCCCCGGUGCGGUCAUGGGAGGCGCAGAGAGAUUCAAAGCCUGCUCGCCCCCCCGCUAUCACCUCGAAGUCUGCUACAAUCGCCACAGAGAAGCCUGCUUCCAGAGACGUCCCCGCGAAGGUCGACACGGAAACAGAAUCGAUGCCUGUUCUCCUCAAGUCGCGAUCCGUUCCUGAACCACGGACUCUGCCGACCCCAUCAGCGAUAAACUCAUCCUCUUCGGCGACUGCGAAGCCGGCAUCCAAGCUCGCAGGGCGGUUCAAUCCUGGUCUUGCAGCGAUGUUAGCUCGCGGCCCGCCGCCCGCAAAUAGAGCCCCUGGAUCCAGCAGCGACUCGGGGCCGGGUGGACAACCUGAAGCGAAGAAGGAGACGGGGUUGACGCAUAUGACGAAGGGGAGGGCACGAGGGCCGAAGAGGAGGGCGCCGAAGACGGGUGCGACGGACAAGGGGAAUCAAGACCCAACCCCAAGCGCUGAGACCGAGGCGGCGAAGGAGGAACCGCUAAAGAAGGCCGAUGUUGACGCGAUGCCGAACACGCCGAGCUCCGCAAAGCAGCUCGCGAAGUCGCCCGAAUUCGCAGAACCAGAACAGGCGUCACGGGGCGUCACCAAGCCCACUGCCCCCACCCCCGCGCAAAAAAGUUCCUUCUCCAUCGGAGCGAUGGUCGCAGACCGGGCGAAGAACAUAGCGUCCGGAAUGGCCACUCCUCCGGCAUCGUCGCCAAAGGUUUUAUCGCCAUCGACGUUCAAGCCCGUGGAGUCUAAGAAGCCGCAAAGUGUCGAUAGACCCGCUAUCUCGCCGAAACCAAUCAUGACCAUGUCUGCGAAGAUCGACACUGCUGAGAACAAUGGCAAGGCACCUGGGCAUUCGAUGAGCGACGGUCAGCCUCCUAACGGCCGCCAGAGUCCGGUGAAGGGUCGCGUGGGAGUGUUCGAGAAACGUGCCUCGCAGAUUGAACCGGUUAGUGCAUCUCCGACGUCGAAACCGAAGCCAAUACAACCGCAAGCAGAGAAGCCAAAAGGUAUAGUGGAUGGAUCACCUGCACAGCCAUUCAACUCAACUAUGUCACGCGCAAGCGAGGACAGGGAGACGAAAUCGAAGAGUAGCGAACCAGUACUCCCUCAAUUCAGCCCAACAGUCAGGAGGAACUUCUCACGACCAACAGCGGUCCCUGAGAUGCGACCACCACCACCGCGCACUCCCUCUCCACACAAACCACCCGUAUCAACCGAGCUCAUUACGCCCGCGCGCUCCACCCCCUCCCAACCAUCUCCAAACCCACAACCGCAACGCUCCCCAUCAAAAGCGCACGCCGAAGCCUCGACCCUCCUCACCACCUUCUUCGGCACCCUCCCCCACUCCCCACCAACCAACCCCGACAUCGACGCCCUCACCCUCCUCCAAACCGACCCUCUCCCCCCCUCCCCCCACAGAACCCACCACACCAAAGUCGCCCUCCUCUCCCCCACCGGCAAACUCACUACCCCUCCCCCCGGCAAAGACCACAUCCUCUCCUCCACCUCCAUCUCCCUCAUCCUCCACUGGUUCACCACCCCCUCCUCCCCCAAAACCCUCCUCGAAGCCUUCCUCCACCUCGGCGCUGCCAUUCCCCCCUCCACCGCCGAGGACGUCCAACUCUUCGCCCGCACCGCCGUCCGCCAGCUCGGCGGCGCCGACGCCACCCCUCUCACCGUCGUCACCCAGGGCCGCGAGCCGCCCGCGCUGUUCGCCGCGCUGGGCGGCGUCGUCAUCUCGUUUGACGGUGCCGUUGACCCCGCUGUCGGCGUGAAGAAAGGCCCAUUCGUGCUCUGCGCACGACGGCAUCUCGGUCACGUGGCGUUCGACGAGACGGCGCCGAUCAGCGUGCGGAAACUGUGUAACGGGUUCGCGUACGUUGUGCACGCGCCGACCGUGAAAACCCUGUUUCUCUGGAAGGGCCAGGGCACGCAUGCGGAGGAGGUAGGAUGCGCGCGGUUGAUUGCGAUGGACUUAGCGAUGGAUCUUGGGGCGGAGGUGGUGGAGGUGGAAGGGGGCCAGGAGGACGGGCGGUUUCUGAGCGUGUUUGACGAGUGGGCGAGAGAGCGGGGGGAUGUGGAACGGGUGCGGCGGCUGUUGCCGCGGAUGACAGAGAGUUGGCGGCAGAAGCCGUUGGCGGAGCGGUGGGGGGUGAGAUGUUUUCGGGUUGGGGAGGUGGGAAGGGGGGAGGUGGAGGUGAGGGAGUUGAAGCCGUGUUUGGUGCGGGAUUGGGAUGCGGAGAGCGUUUGGGUGGUGGAUGGGUGGUGUGAGAUUUAUGUCCUCCCCGGCCCCGCGUCCAAAUUUUCCCCGCAUCUGUUCACCGCGGCGCUGCAGUUCGCAUACGACUACAGCAUCCUCGCGGUGUCGGUCGAUGACCGCCCCUUCGUCCCUGUCGGCACCGUGGUGCUGGAAGGGUUCCCGCGCGAUCUGAAGGACGUCGUCCGAGGGUGGGAAGAUGGGGUUGCGUUUGGUGGUGCACCGGCGGUGAAGGGUCGGCUCAAAGUGCUGGGAUUGAGCGCUGCUGUUGGCGUGUGUCUUGGAAGGGAUUGA